AUGCGGCAUCUCAUACUUCUGGCCACACUGUUCAGUCCAAGCUAUUUUCGACUGCAUAACGGAUAUGGCAACCGAGUUCAAUACGACGAGCUGUCGGACCAGGCGAACACGUUGUACACACCGUACGGAGUUAUCCGCGGGAGCGAGACUUCGGUGCGCGGAGUACCGAUCCGUCAAUAUUUCGGCAUUCCCUACGCGAGGCCCCCCGUGAAGAAACUUCGUUUCCAGAAGCCGCGGCCGCUCCCCUGGCGAAAAUCACGCGUCAUUCUCGCAACUCGGAUGGGCCCGUCGUGCCCCCAGACUCCGUACUACUUUGAUGAUACGCGCAACAACAGACACAUGCGAUUUAGCGAAGAUUGCCUCUACCUCAAUGUGUGGACGGCCCAGCUCGCCCCCCUCCGGCCCGUGGUGGUAUUUCUUCAUGGGGGUUUCUUUACGCACGGUGGUAGCGAAUCGCCGAAUCUGGAUAUGAGCCACCUGGCAGCGCGUGGGGUUGUGGCCGUGUCUUUCAACUACCGUCUUAACGCGAUGGGUUUCCUUUACGCCGGCGUUCCGCAGGCGUCAGGCAACAUGGGCCUGUACGACCAGCAGUUGGCGCUGCAGUGGAUUCGUAAGCACAUUCACUACUUCGGUGGAGACCCCGCCCGGAUGACCGUCAUGGGCCACGGUGCCGGAGCCACUGCGGCGGCGUACCAUCUACUGAACCCGACGAGCAGAAAAAUAUUCAAACGCAUGAUCCUGCUGUCGGGGAACCCUUUUUCCAUAAUGAAUCUGAACAUGCCGAACGUCGCUUCGACGAGGGCUUCGACGAUCGCGAAACGACUCGGCUGCUCUCGAGACGGAAACAUGAAGAGCGAGUCUUUUGAAAUUUUUCACUGCAUCGCAAGCAAAGACGCCAACGAGAUUGCCAAGGCCGCAGAGCUCGAGUUCACCCGAGGAGAGCUCUCUUUGAUGCCGCUCUUCACUUCGGAGGAUUUCCUGAAAAAAUCCCCGGAGCAGCUCGUGUACGAGAGCUCGAAAAUGGAUGACGUCGAAAUUUUGAUGGGCCACGCAAACAACGAGUACGCCGACUCGCUCUACUACACGGGCUAUUUCGACGCAGCGGACAAAAUCCUCCCGGGCGAUAUCAAGUACCUCAUCGGGAUGUUCUACGGUAUGUUUUUUCGGGCGAACGCUCUACCGAUCAUACGGUACUAUUUCCGGAACGAUCGAACGGCAAACGCGUCGUCCCUUCUGCGCACCGGAGGACGAGCCAUAUCCGACGGUCUGCUGGUCUGUCCCGGUCUCGAGUACGCGGAUGAAAUGUCGAGACUAGGCGCCAAAGUUUAUUACUACUCGUUCGAUCAUUCGUCCGCAUUCAGCAAAGCGCAAUUCGGCGCAACGUCUUCCGAAGAAGUUCUCUACUUUCUCGGAUCGAUACUCGGCCCUCUAGGAACUCAAUUAGGAGCUUCGCGAAAGGACCGACAAUUUGCUGAGGACAUGCUCGACGUCGUAACCACGUUCGUCUAUUACGGGCGCGCCUAUUCGGCGAAGAUGGAUACGGAAUGGCCUACGUACACGGCGAAAGCGCCGUACGCUGCCUCCUUGGAUAACAACAUGGCCCUAAAGUACGGCACUCGCGAAGAAGAAUGUAAUUUCUGGGCUUAUUUCUGGAACGACCACGAAAACGCCACCCUACGGAACUACACCCAUGUCGUAAUCGGCUGA